AAUUUUAGUGCAAUUAAUAAAAUUACUUUGAAAAAUAACUCCAAAAAUUCUAUAAUAAUUUAUUAAAAAUUAUCUGUUUGAAAAUGUCUAUAUGUCUCCAGAUUGUUAAAAAUGUAGGGCUGGUGCGAAAUUCAACGUAAUCAAAUUAUUUAUGUUAUAAAGAAGCAAAAACUUUCCAACAAGUUUUAAAUCGGCAUACAAAUGAUUUUCGAAAAUCAAGAGAAAAUGUUAAAAUAAUAUUGCGAGUCUAUUUUUCAAUGGCACAUUGAUUUUUUUAAGUAACGACAAUGUCGCCGGUAUUUUUUUUUUUUUUAAUUUUGUAUCUUUGAUGCUUGAUCGUAAAGAUUUCAUGGUUCUACGGACGUCAUUAUCACCGGCAAUAGUUGCGGGAAGGUAGAUUAUGUCUGCUACUUCUGCUACUGCUGCUGCUGCUGCACUUGCCCCCCUCCCCUCGGAAUCAAUUUUCUUGAAUAUUUGAUGCGAGCGCCUCCGCCCUCCCGGAACUCCGACUUGCGUUCGCGUCGGAGUCUAUAUCCGUAGCCUCCGCGUAUUAUCCGGUCUUUUAAAUUGCCCACUGAAAUACGUCCACAUCAUUUCUAUCGCAAUGACCCGUUAUUUUCUUAGGAGGACACGCCACGGCAUCAGCCGCAUUCGCGUUUCCCAAGGAGACAAUCGCGCCACCCCCAAGACUCCAUCCUCGCAACCCCUACGGCCGCAUCGCGCGACGCGGAACCUUUUCAUUUGCAAAACCGUGGAGAGGGUCGUCGGACCCUCGUCAUAUUUAACGCGAGUUUUCAAGAAUCUCAUAAUACGAAUCGUCGUCGAUCGUAUCGCCGCAAAGCGAGACCACGCGCCAUUUCAUCCCCUUACGCGCUAUUCCCACAUACAGCACGCGUCUUCGGGGGAUAUUACAUUCGAUUAUAAUCGCGGAAGAUAAUCGAGAGCGCGCGCGGAGAGCAUCAGCGGAAUGGAUCGUCUCGCGAUAAUAAUGCCCAGGAUCGAUUCGGAGACGCUAUGUGCCAAUCCCAUUAUGUCUUUUUACGCGGCGCAUAAUGUUACGUUGUUGCACGUAAUAUCUUAUACGUCUCUUUGCGAGAAAGCGGUGGCGGGCACGCGGGCAGGUAAAACGUGCAAUGAAACGUCGCGUCGCGUCGCGUCGUAGUAGUGACUCACGACCUGGCGAUCGCGCGCGCGCGGGGAAUACGCGGCAGGUGCUUGCUGCUGCCGGUUGCUGAUACUAGCUGGGUGCUGCUGCUCUGCCACCACCACCACGACUAUCACGACCACCACCUCCAGCGGAGGUGGCCAGUCAGCUGGGCAGACAAGGGAACGGAUGUUCCCAGGAGAUUAUUGAUCGGCGCGGAUACUUCCAUUGGCGACGAUGUAGCCGGGACUGCCGGGAGGUCCUUGGCGAUGGCGCCCGUCCAAAUUCCUUUCAGACCCUUUUGCUUCCCGCGAGAUCUUCUCUACGAUCUUCUCGAUUCUCUCGGAUUAUUUAAUUUCCCCUCGGAUUCUGACUUUUCUUCCGGUCAGUUUCAAUCGAAACGAAAGUUUGGGUUUAUGUGUCAGCGGCAAAAAAUUUUGCGUUACAUUUAACACAUUUCACAUGUUUUAAACAGGUUAUUCAUAUAUUUUUCUUUUAAUAUGCGUUGAAUCUAAAAACAAUUAAAUCAGUGUUUGUAUAAUCGAAUGUACAAAUUGUAAAUAUUUCACAAAAGGGUUCAACAACAUAAGAAAAUCUUGACGUGUUAAAUUACAAAAAAUAGAAUAACGCGGUAACAUUAUUCUCUUGAUUACUAAAUUCUAUUACACACGUAAAAAGACAUCUUGUAUAAUUAUAAAUGUGAAGAUAAAGUCAUAGAUGUGUUCUUAUAAUCUAUUAUAUCUUUAUACAAUGCAAAGUUGAGUAAUAUAAUAAUAUUGUAUGUUGCAAUAGAUCCUAUAUAUCUUCCUGUACAGCUGUAAGGUUAGCGACUUUUAAAGCAAAAUUAGUCUUUUGAGAUGUUUUUUCGCCCUUCAAUGAGUUCGACAAUGAACUCAUUAUAUUUGUCAUGAAAAAAAUGUAUUGAUAAAAAUAUUAUAUAUGUUAUAAUGCUAUUGUUGAGAGAUGAAAAAUUUAUCGCGCACAUUUCAAAAGUUUUUGUUUGUAUCUUCGUUAGAAUUUCAGUUUUAUCGCAAAGACAUUUUUUCGUGAUAUUUUCCCUUCCGUACCCGGAGGAGGGUCAAUUCUCAGUAGAACGCCCAAAAGCGUCUACGUGUACGUAUCGUACGCGACGUAUCCCGCGUCUAUGUUGAUUCAGUAGGACUGACGUAUCUCGUGCUAACGAUCCCGCAUGGACGCCGACCAAUGAUGAUGAGGUCCGGGGUGAAUCUUGCGCGCCAUUCUCUCGUCUCGGUCGAAUGGCCGUGGCUCUUACCCCUCUCUCUCACUCGGCGGCUUUAUCGUAACUGGCGGUCGCUGCCUCCCCCGAUUCGAUCAAUGGAAGCACCUGUACCAAGGCGAGUGAGCAAACUGGCUACUCCAUCCCCGUCUAUAGCACAGACGAAAUACGCAUAUACCGUCGCUCUCAAGUCCGUUUGUCUCGGAGAAACAUUCCCAUAAAUGGUACAUAUACAUUUGGAAAAUCCAAAUUAGGUACCCCUCGUACAGUGUUUCGAAUUAAUACAAGAAACUAUGUCAAAGAUGUAUUUACGUAAUUUAAAGGUUCCAAAAAACUCCAAAGUUUCAAGAUUUUCAUGUAUUUCCAGUUUUAAAUAAUAUUCGCGCACCAAGGUGCCUCCGUUAGGUCGCUGAUAAGCAUUCUGCAGUUUUAAAAAAUAUUCAGAUUUUUCUAUGACCGAAACUUUGGAAAGAAUUAAAGACGCCGGUCGCAAGAAUAUAUGAGCGUUACGCAAUCAAUGUAUUUUUUAAUUCAAUUAAUCAAAAGAAAAAAGAAGUUUUUUCAAAAUACGUUAGCUGUGACCUGAAAUAUUUCGGCGUCGCCGCUCGUAUUCGCUAUGAUCGGAGCAACGAGGGGUGAGCUCCCCCGUUGGUUUCAGUCAAGGGAGGGUCGGACGAAAAAGAAAGAGGGUCGUCGCGAGGUGGGUCUGGCCGACGCGUGUGCAUGGUCCACCUGUGUGAGAGGGAACCUAGCACCUGUCACCACACGCGCGCCCCAAGGUGCCUCCGUCAGGUCGCUGGUAAGCAGGGUGUACGUGAUUCUCUAGCGCUUAGAAGAAGAAAAAGGGAAAAAGUUUCACGCCAAACGCGCGUGCGGUCAUCAAUUCUCUUGUGACGUCAGGAGACAUUUCCACGAGUUGGCGAAUUUGCGAGCUUGCGAGAGUGGACGGAAAAGUGCGCUUGAUUGACAACGUAUUCUCCGAACGUGCCUUUGUCACCCUUCGAAAAUCGUUGAAUCGAAAAGCGUUCUCGUCAUCCAUUUACGAAGGAGUUGAAUUCAAUUAAUUUCAUCACUGUCGGCCUAUCAGAGAGUCGAAGCUCUCUCUAAAACACAAGCCUUCCUGGAAGGAGAAAUUAAAACCUCGCUGCAACGGGGGAACCAUUGUUUUGCAUAGACGUUGAUAUCGCGCUAGCACGCUGGACGCGGGUGAUGAGAGGCGGCAAAAAUGAGGAUCGACCUGGCGGAAGUUGAAGUAUCGACGGAGGAUAGCCCGGCUUCCACCGCCGCUGCUGCAGUGGACGGCAGUAGCAUGGACAGCACGGACGACUACGACGGAGUCGAGGCCGAAUUAACGAGCCUCUCCUGGUUGCAGUCGCUGGACAUCACCAGCGCGUCCGGUUUGCCAACGCCACCCUGCUCGCCGUCGCCACCGCCGGUUACCCGCCAACCUCCGAAGAAGCUGUCACCCUUGGUCAAGGCCGAACUAGAUCUCGCAGAAAAUGCUGAGAAAUAUCGAACGGAUCCCGAUGCAAAGCCACCCUUUUCCUACGCCACUAUCAUUUGUCUCGCAAUGCGCGCCAACAAUAACAAGGUCUCCCUUUCAAACAUCUACGCAUGGAUCCGGGAAAAUUUCCUAUUUUAUAAGUACGCCGAUCCAGCUUGGCAGAACUCGAUUCGGCACAAUCUCUCAUUGAACAAGUGCUUCGUGAAGCUGCCACGUUCCAAAGACGAACCGGGUAAGGGUGGCUUCUGGAAGCUGGAUCUCGAGAGGAUGGAGGAAGGCAAACGGUCCAGGCGCCGCUCCGCGAUUUCGCAGCGGACUCGGGGCACGAAAAAACAGUCUCCUUCCACGACGAUCACGACGACGACAACUACGAUGACAACGACGACAACAACGGUGGCGACAGCGACGACGACGCUUAAUGCCCUUCAGACGGGUGGCAGCUGCACACCGCCCACCAGCUGCCUGUCCAACACCCUGUACGAGACCCCGCCUAGUAGCGUGUCACCCCCCAUCCCGGACAGUCUGUCGGAGGUGCCGGAAUCGACGCAGGUGAGCCUGAGCGAGGACGACUUUACGAGCUUGCUGAUUGCCGGUUGGGAUGAAAAUAAUCAGCUGGAACUUCUCGAUCUCUUGGAUACUCUCUAAACCCCCAAUGUCCACCUUCUUCUGUCUCUGCCCCCCUCCCUCCCUCUCUCUCUCUCUCUCUCUCUCUCUCUCUCUCUCUCUCUCUCUCUUUCUCUCGCAAACACUCUCAGGAAUCGUCGAUUCUUCAUACAGAACGGAAGCGUUCUUGUCUUUCUGCAUGCAUUUUUCGAUUCUCCGUUUUCAUGAAAGCGAAUGAUGAAUAGGUUAAAUAAUUAAAAAAAAACAAUUUUUGAUGCAGUUUUUGAUUAAUUCUAUUGAAAUUUACGAGAACGUUCCACACAUCGUGAUUGCGAUAAAACAUACAAACAACAAUUCUUGUCAAACAAUUAUGUUACGAGCACACGGACGUAAAAAUUUGAUUCAAUCAGACGUGUUAUGUGAAAUAAUUAAAUAUUAAUUUUGUAAUUGAAGCGCGAUUUAUUUGCGACCACAGUUGAGGCAAUGAAAGUACUGUUAGGGAAGAAAGAUCAGAGAGAGAAAAGCGAAUGUGUAUAUCUUCUGUCUUCUUCCUUAAUUUUGAGUUAACAGGCGCAAAGAUAUAACGAAUGAUUGUAACCUCGCAAUUUGAAUUGAACGCGCUUAAGCAGAUGGUCUUGAACCUCCUGUUUCCUCGUUGAAAUCGCAUUGGACCGUGACGCGGAAAAUAAGAAGUGAAUUCAUGUGAACUCUUUUUUCUCUUUUUUCUUAUACAUUUUUAUACAUAAAAAUAUAUUUGUUUUUUCGUAUAAAUGAGUGCAAUAAGUAAUAUAUUGUAGA